GUUAGUGGAACAGCUGGUUGCUCUCUGGCAUAAGGCCGCCAAGAUGGAAGAAGUGCAGUCCCACCCCAGUGUGGCUUUCCUAAACGUGGCCCCAAACUACGUCCCCCACACCAAGGUGGAAUGUCACUACAACCUUCCCCCGGGCAUGAAACCUUCAGCCAGAGAUUGGAUUGGGAUCUUCAAGGUGGAAGCCUCUUCAGUCCGUGACUACUACACCUUUGUGUGGUGCACUCUGCCAGAUGGGGGAUCUUCUGCGGGAGCCCUUCUUCACUGCAGCGUCCAGUUCCAAGCCAGCUACCUGCCGAAGCCUGGCCCCCAGCAGUACCAGUUCCGCUAUGUGGAUCGCCAUGGCGAAGUGCGUGGCCAAAGCGCCCCGUUCCAGUUCAGCGAGCCACGCCCUAUGGAUGAGCUUGUCACUCUGGAGGAGGCGAGCGAUGAUGGCGGGGGCACAGACAUGCUGUUGGUGGUCCCCAAGGCCACUGUGCUAGAGACGCAGCUGGAGGCGAGCCGGCAGGAGCACGGAGCCCUGUUGAAGGAGUCGCGCCGCCUGAAGGACGAGGUUGAGGAACUGAGAAGCCGCGUGGAUGAACUCGAAGCAGUCCUCGGCUCACUGCGUGACGAGCACACCAAGCUGGCCGGACAAUACAAGGAAUUAACGAGCUGUUAUGAGGAAGUGUCCAAGCAGAAAGAGGCCCUGAGCCUUCAAGAGACCGAGCGCUCAGCCCGGAUCCGAGAACUGGAGGGCGAUAUCCAGACAAUGGCCGAGAAGGUGCUGCAGAGGGAGACGGAACUUGACAGGAUGAAGGACACAGUCAAGUCUCUUCUGCGGGAGCAGGAGCAGAUUCACAGCCAGCUCAAAGAGGAAAAUGCCGAGAAGGAGCAGUACCAGGUGAAGCUGCAGGCCUCAGAGGAGGAGAGCCGCAACUUGGCUUCCGAUCUGCUGGAAGCCAAGACCCGCCAUGGCGAGAGGGUCUCACAGACUCUGCUGCUGAAGGAGGACAUUAACAAGUUACAGCAGAAGCUGGCUGUUGCGAAUCGCCGCACUGCACAGAUGGAUGGCUUGUGUGAGCAACUUCGCUCCACACAGGACAUCCUGGCAGCCAGCCAGCAGAAGGUGGCGCUGCUGGGGGAUGAGCUGGCCAGUGCAGCCUCCAUCCGGGACCGGACCAUCUCCGAUCUGCACAAGAGUCGCCUGGAGGCCGCGGAGAUCAACAUCAAGCUGGCCGACAUGACCCUCAAGUGGAAGGAGGGCAAAGGGCAGUGGUGGAAGGAGAAAGCUACUCUCUUGCAGAACAUGGAGGUGGAGAAGGACAAGAUCCUGAAGCUGAGUGCCGAGGUGCUGCGCCUAGAGAAGAACCUUCAGGAAGAGCGGGCUCAGUGCCAGGUCUUGCGUAUGGAGCUGGCACAAGAGCGGGACUCCAGUCUGGUGCAGGUCUCCGAGAGCCGCCGGGAGUUACGUGAGCUUCGAGCCGCACUGCAGGUUGUCCAGAAGGAAAAGGAACAUCUUCAGGCUGAAAAGCAGGAGCUGCUGACAUACAUACGGCGCCUUGAAGAGCGUCUGGAGAAGGUAGCCGAUGAGAAAUGGAGUGAAUCUGUUCUUGAUGAUGACGAGGACGCAGCACCGAAUACUCAUGCUCCAUGUGUGUUCAUAUGUGUGUGCAUACUCCUCACAGGCUCCCUGGAUUCUCCACUGUCCGACUCCGAGGAUGAGUGCCCCGAGGACAUGCGCCUGCCUGCCCAGCUCGGCUCCUACAGCCUGUGUGACAACCGAGCAGCCACCACCACGCCACCCUGUGCCCGCGAGCUGGCUCAUGCUGUGGUGAUCAGCCAGCCUGCACCUAUUGCUGGCCAGAUCAAACAACCGCCCGAGGACUCCAGUUCUGACUCGGAGGCAGAGGAUGAAAAGGCCGUCCUGAUGGCAGCUGUGCAGAGCGGCGGCGAGGAAGCCAGUCUGCUCCUCCCAGAGCUGGGCAACGGCUUCUACGAAGUGGCCAGCGGACUGACAGCACGGCAGAUGUCAGAAUCAGGGCCCUGCGGGAUGGGUGCAUCCCCCUUGGACCUGCCCUCGCCUUCGCUUUGGAAGGAGUGCCCCAUCUGCCACGAGCGCUUCCCGCCAGAGAGUGACAAGGAAGCCCUGGAUACGCAUGUUGACGGGCACUUCUUUUUUAACACUCAUGACCCCUUCCCUUUUGAGUGACCUCAUUUUCUCCUCCUCCCGCUGUGUCCCCUCGGCUUCCCUUCACCCUCUUCAAUGGGAUCCAGGCUGGAUGUCUUCUCUCUUCCACGGAGAGUCUCGU